UUCUAGCAGAAAAAAGAGAAGGCGGGCGGCAAGAACAUAUAAAUUCACAUCUCAGAAAGCAGAGAGUGGAAAAUGACCGCAAUCUCACACCCCCUCCUGCGCUCAAACUGCAACAUCUCUUGUACUCGUUUCACCUCCACCCUCUCCUCACUCUUCACCACUAACCCAAAACCCCAUCACCACCAAAACCAGACCAAACCCAUCAUCAUCCCUUGUACUCAAACCCUCAAAGACUCCCUCCUCUCCCUCAUCAAAUCAUGCACCCACAAAUCCCAUUUGCUCCAAAUCCACGCCCACAUUCUCCAAACCUCUCUCAUUCUCGACUCCUCAAUCUGCUUCCACUUCUUGUCCCUCGUUUCGCUUUCCCCACCUUUCCAAAACUUGACCUAUUCCCGCCAAUUCUUGUUUCAGAUUCCCAAACCCAAAGCCAUUCACUACAACACUGUGAUAAGAGCUUACUCAGUGAGUGAUUCACCCCAGGAGGGGAUUCAUCUUUACCUUGAUUUGAGGCGGCGAGGUCUCCGUAGCAACGCUCUCUCCUCCUCUUUCGUAAUCAAGUGUUGUGUUAGAGUCAAGUACUUAUUAGGUGGAAUUCAGGUUCAGGCCAGGAUUGUGAGAGAUGGGCAGCAAUCAGACAGUCGUUUACUCACGACUUUGAUGGACCUGUACUCGAUUUGUGGCGAGUACGAUGAUGCAUGUAAGGUGUUCGACGAAAUUCUUCACAGAGACACUGUUGCCUGGAAUGUGUUGAUUUCUUGUUUUCUGCAUAACAGCCGCAGCACGGAUGCUUUGGGUUUGUUUGACAUUAUGCGGAGCGAAUGUUACGGAUGUGAGCCUGAUGAUGUUACUUGUUUACUUAUGCUCCAAGCUUGCGCAAACUUGAAUGCGUUGGAGUUUGGCGAAAGGGUUCACAGGUACAUUGAAGAACAUGGUUAUAUCGGUGCUUCUAAUCUCUGCAAUGCUCUUAUAACUAUGUAUUCGCGGUGUGGGUGUUUGGAUCAGGCUUAUGAGGUGUUUAAGGGGAUGCGGGGUAGAAAUGUGGUUUCAUGGAGUGCAAUCAUUUCUGGGCUUGCUGUGAAUGGGCAUGACAGAGACGCUGUUGAAGCGUUUUGUGAGAUGCAGAGAAUGGGGGUUUUACCUGAUGAGCAGACUUUUACUGGUGUUCUUUCGGCUUGCAGUCAUUGUGGGUUGGUUGAUGAAGCAAUGGAUAUUUUUGAUCGCAUGAGCAAAGAGUUUGGAGUAGUGCCUAACGUCCAUCACUAUGGGUGCUUGGUUGAUCUUUUGGGUCGGGCUGGUCGACUUGAUCAAGCAUAUCAGCUUAUAAUGUCGAUGGAUAUGAAACCAGAUUCGAAGAUAUGGAGAACCUUACUUGGGGCUUGCAAGAUUCAUAACUAUGAAACCCUUGGGGAACGUGUGGUGGAUCAUUUGAUCGAACUCAAGGCUCUUGAGGCAGGGGACUAUGUUCUGUUGAUGAAUAUUUACUCUUCAGCUGAAAACUGGGAGAAAUUAGCUGAAUUGAGGAAGUUUAUGAAGGAAAAAGCAAUUCAAACUACACCAGGCUGCAGCACAAUUAUACUGAAUGGAACAGUCCAUGAGUUUUUGGUGGAUGAUGUUUCGCAUCCAAGGAAGGACGAAAUCUACAGAAUGCUGGAUGAGAUCAAUAGUCAGCUGAAGAUUGCUGGUUAUGUUGCUGAUGUAUCAUCAGAACUGCACAAGUUGGGGACAGAAGAGAAGGGAUAUGCACUCUCUUAUCACAGCGAGAAAUUAGCUAUUGCUUUUGGAGUGCUGGCAACUCCACCCGGCACGACAAUUAGACUGGCCAAGAAUCUUCGCACUUGUGUUGAUUGCCACAACUUUGGGAGGAUUCUCUCAGGGGUUUAUAACAGGACGAUAAUUGUUAGAGACCGCAGCCGGUUUCAUCAUUUUCGGGAGGGACGCUGCUCGUGCAAUGGCUAUUGGUAGGAACAUUCAAGAACUACGGCAUGUGAGCAUCAGGGAACAUGUUCUGCAAAUGAAAUGGCUGGGUGGGAAGCAACAGAGUUUUAUAGAUGGUAGUGAAAAGCUACUGAUAAGUGACAGUGAUUCAGAAUUUCAGAUUAUUUUUGGAGGACAAAAUGCGGAACUCGAUCACGCUAAAUUCUCUACUCUACAGCUUUAACUCCCUUAUGAACAGUGUAAUCCUGAGAAACAGUGUAGUGCCGAUUUUGCCUCCGACAGCACUGCUCAUCUAUGGUGUGGCUUUCCUUCUUUGCUUCACGGAAAGAGGCGGUCUCCGUGCUAGGAUUUAAUUACUAUAGAAAAGGAUCAAAGGGUAAAUAUUUAGCUCGUGAAAACUAUUCAGCCCUUUGUUGACUGGUUAACCUAGCUAGCUAGCUUCAAAAGGAAAUUUGGAGAUGGUGAGGUGCAACAGAUUGAGGAGGCAGUACUACAACCGCAACGAAAUCCCGAGGAUCGCUACCCAUCGAUAUUGUGGUGUACAUCCUUUUGAGACUGCCGGUAGAGUCACUGGGUUGCAUCCGAUGUGUGUCCAAGACCUUGUUAAACACAGUUGACAGCCCCUCUUUCGUUAGGCAGCACACACUUUCACUCAUUGCUGGCAACAGCCAUGUUGUUCGAGUACCUCAACUUAUGUGCUUUGCUCAAACAAGUCCUCCCGGGGGAGAAGUGUAUUUUGCGACUUUGCAAUGACUGAGAUAUGAUGGCGGCACCGCCUUGACAAAAGGCGAAUACGCAUUUACUCAUUCGACGAGAAGCCCUAUAUGGACAAGCUACCAAAUAAAUUUUGUUUUCUAAAACUUGUUUUGCAUCGCCCUGGAGAAUUAUUGAUCAAUCCUCUUCUUAGAGAAGUUCUAAGUCUCCCAACCAAUAUUAACAUCGAACAACUUACAAAAUAUGGUCCAAAUUCUGAAGUACACAUUACUUGGUAUGGUAUGGGAUUUGAUAAUAUAACCAACACCUACAAAAUUGUUCGUGUUUCCAGGAUUCUCAGUAAGGAAUUACCUGAACCUUAUAGAACCCUCGGCAUGUUUGCGCAUAUUCUUGUAUUGGGCACGAACUCAUGGAGAGAAAUACUAUCUGUUCCUCCCUGUGGUUUAAAUUGCGCGUUUAAUCUUUGUGCAUACGGAGAUAUGCACUGGCUGAAGAAAAACAGAGUAAGAGAC